AUGAGUUCAGUUCUAAAGUAUAUUUUUUAUAGGUUCAUUGAUAUAUCAUGCUCAGGUGGAUUACAGAUGGUGAAACUCCGUCGUCUCUUCUCUAAUACACAAGCUAAAAAUGAUCCCACAAUGGAGAUGUAUCGGUCGCUAUCUUGUCUUUACUUGGAAAAGCGUAAGGCUGAGAGGUUACAGGAAGCGGGCGUUCCACUGCAUACAGAUGUGGUUGCCGAAAUCACCCGCCGAGAAGCAUCUCGCAGAAUGGACCCCGCUCUGUGGCGUUUGGCCAUGGCACAAUCUAAAACAAAGCAAUUCUUCGAAGAGACUCAUGUGUUGGCAUCAGCUCAGUGUGGUUGGUCACGACACCUUCACAUAGAUUGCGUAGCGGCGGAUACUUCUCGCAAAAAGUGUCAAGAUAUGAUACGUCUCAUGGAAGAGCGAGGUGCACAUGUAUUCAAUGACCUCGAUUAUAUCGAUGUCCUCAAAAUGGCCUCGGGGUGUGACACCGCCUUAAAUAUAGGCGGAGUCACACAGGAAUCAUCGCAAGGCUUCAGCCUUCGCAUGUUCAGCAAGCCAUCGAUCGUGCUGGCUCAUGUCGCUUUCAAAGGAGCUGCACUAGCCUACUAUUUCUUUGCGAACUGGCUCUCUUCGUCCUUCAUCGUUCAGUUCCUUAUUAUUCUGACGUUACUGUCCAUGGACUUUUGGACGGUGAAGAACAUUACUGGAAGGUUGCUGGUUGGUUUGCGAUGGUGGAAUUUUGUGGAUGACAAUGGUCAUAAUCACUGGAAAUUUGAGAGCGCUAAGGACCAGUCACGUUUUCCUGUGAUGGAUCGACGUGCCUUCUGGAUUGGUCUAGUCUUAGGACCUUUGCUUUGGCUUUUCUUCGUCAGUAUGGCGUUUUUCACAUUUAAGUGGGAAUGGAUGAUUAUUGCGCUGCUGGGUCUGUCAAUGACUUCAGCUAACCUUUAUGGAUAUCUGCGCUGUCGCUGGGCGGACACUAACCAGUUCACCAACUACAUUUCCAAAUGGGCUUUCCUAUCGGUUUUGCGUCGUCAAGCUCCAUCCAACCCUGAUCCUCUGCAGCAAACGAUCUAA